CAGCUUGAUAGUGACACAGUUCUUCUCCCUCUUUCAGUUCUGUCUCGAGAACAGAGAGAAGUUACCACUGAUCUCACCACCCCCACUCCCUCUAGAGAGAGAAAAACAAUUCUAGGGUUUUUAGAGAGAGAAAUUCAUCAGUAGAUGGUGUGUGAAUUUCUGUAACCGAAAAUUAAAAGAGAUGUAUGUGGGAUCAAUGAGAAAAUCUUUCAAGGAUUCUCUCAAAGUUCUUGAAGCCGAUCUUCAACAUGCUAAUACUCUGGCAUCUGAUUUUCCAAGGGAAUAUGAUGGUGCCUGUGUACAGAUGAGAAUGUCGUAUAGCCCGGCUGCUCAGUUUUUCCUUUUCUUUGUUCAAUGGUCAGACUGCCACCUUGCCGGUGCUCUUGGACUCUUGAGGAUCCUGAUUUUUCAGGUUUAUGCAGAUGGUACUACCACCAUGUCUACACACGAAAGGAAGGCGAGCAUAAGAGAAUUCUAUGGUAUCAUAUAUCCAUCUUUGAUGCAACUUCAAAGUGGUGUCACUGAUUCGGAAGAGAGAAAGCAGAAGAAGGUAUGCAUGGAAAGGUAUAGGAAAAGAGAAGAUGAAGAUUACAAUCGAUGUUCUGAUGUUGACAUUGAACGAGAAGAAGAAUGUGGUAUUUGCAUGGAGAUGAAUGGCAAACUCGUCUUACCAAAAUGUAACCAUGCCAUGUGCUCAAACUGCUACAAUGACUGGUGUACAAGAUCGCUGUCGUGCCCAUUUUGCCGAGUGAGCCUAAAGAGAGUGGAGUCCAGCGAGCUGUGGGUGUACAUUGACCAUAAUGAAGCAAUAGACGUGGCCACUAUAACAAGAGAAAAUCUGAGAAGAUUGUUCAUGUACAUAGACAAGUUGCCGCUUGUUGUUCCUGACUCAAAUUUUGACACCUACGAUUCACAUUUGAUGUAACCCCUGCUUUCGUACUAAUUUCAUAUCUACCCCCAAGAUUCGGUUUGUUUAGAUGAACCCGGCCUGAGUUUGUUGUGGGCAUGGCGUUGAUAGUUUACUUGCAACAUAAAAGGGUUGUUGUGGUAAUUGUAUGUAGUAAAUAUUUAUGUAUAUGCUUGAAUGGAGGUCGCGGAUCUUUAAUUC